AUGUUUAAGCCAUCUGCUGCCGUACGACCGCUUCGCGCAUUCCGCCACGUCGCUCCCGUCGUCCAUCGGCAACCGCUCGCGCGCUAUGCAUCGACCCUAAACGUGCCGCCUGUGCGCAUCAAGCGCCGUUUCUUCACCUGGAAGCGCUUGCUAGCCGGAACCAUUUACACGGGCGCCGCUUAUACCUGGGCAUUGUUCGUCCUAACGCCGGUAUUCGAUCUUCUGGACGAACAAGAGGGAGAAGAGGGCGACGAGGCGGAGGAGGACUGGGAUGAAGAAUGGGACGACGAUGCCAUGUUCAUUCCCCUAGGAUGGACGAAGCCGGUGCCGCGCACGUUCUACAGAGGCUCCGAUCCUGAGUGGCAGGAGUUCAGAAAAGUCGCGGUCGACCAGAAACGGCACGAGCGGAUACGCCAUAAGCUCGUGAGCUUGGUGCGCAAUCACAUCGCUCACCAUCCGGCUGCGAAUCGUCUUGGCCAUGUGGACGUUACCAAGGGUCGGUAUUGGCUCGAUAUCGUCUUCCCGGACGGCCCUCCCCAGGAAUACGAACGUGCAGGGAUCGAGAUCGCCGACGACUACAUUGCCUGGACGAGACGCCCUGUGGAUCAAAUCAACUACCAGAGACUGAAGCGGGCGCUCUGGCCCGUAGCUGUCGCUUCUGGAGCAUUGGCCAGCACGCAGUACCUAUGGCACGUGCAGAUGAACAAGCUUCGACAAUGGAUUGGCCUGAGCCCAAAGGUCGACCCCGCCGUCGACGUCCUAGCACGGCACCUGGAGGCCAUGCAGCGGGCGAAACAAGAAGGUUCUAACCGCCCGUUCGCACCCCCGAACACGUCCGAACGGACCGUGGCUAGUGCUAACCCGAACGCGAAUGCCAACGCAGCGGGCAAGACGGCGGCGGCGGAAAAGCACACCAACCUUCCGGAGUUCGAGCCCAUUCCCCCUCAAUCAAUUGCCUUGUCGAUAUUCUCGUCCACACUGCUGAAGAACUGGAAACGCCCGCAGCUUGAGCCCCCGCGUGGUACGAUUCUGGUGACGGGCUUGAUUGAGAUUCGCGGUGACAAGGCCAGGACGGUGCUGGACGUGACGGGUGCAUAUGACCCACUCAUUGACAAGUAUGUCGCUUUGAGAGUCGGCAGCAGGCUCAUACAAGACAAGCAGCAGAGACCCAGGGGAGGUCGUUGA